AUGAUGGAUAGAUACCCCCACGAGCAAAAAGACUAUUCUUCAGCAGAUCACAUUCUCCACAGCGAUAAUCAAAAAACCGUUACCACAUGUCAACCACAUCUCACCUUCUCAUGCAGCUUCCCCCAAAUGUCAACCACAGCCCAACAGCAAAAUACAUGGCGAUGCCUUUGGUCGCAGCUAAGCUUCGCAUGCCCACAUCCGCCCACCAUGCCAUCGGGCUGUGCCGUGCCUUUGCAGAUGGUGCGCAAUCCAACUGACCAGUCAGCAACCCCGAAUCGGCCCGGCCGAUCGCCCCUUUCAGAUUCCAUCCCGGCCAACCACGACGCCCGGAGUUGCGCGCUUUUGCCUGAGAUCAUCAACCACGAAACCCGUUCCCCAUUUUCCAACUUCUUAGAUCUGAUGCCCCCGCCCCCCUUUGCGCACCACCACGACCACGAGCUAUGCGGCUGA